AUAUUAAUUUUGUUAAUUAAUUGUUAAGUUUAAAUUAUGGAUGGGGCGGAGAUUGUCAAGUUUUUUACGGAAAAACUCGAAAACCACAAUGUUUCUUCUGCUGUCGCUGCAAUCGAAACUCUUCUUGAGUAUUUGCGCAAAGACACAACUGAAACUUUGUCAGGUUUGAUCGAUAAUCUGAAGAAAGCAAAAGACAUCCUUGUGGAGACUGACUGCCUCGCUAGAACAUCUGUGUCCUCCGGAGCAGAGCUCUUCCUUCGUUUUAUCACCUUGGCUUCGUCCCUAGAGAAUCCGGACUUCCAGGAAGUAAAGAGAGUGAUGAUCAGCAGAGGAGAGCUUUUUCUACAAAAAGUUUGCACUUGUAGGAGUAAAAUCGCUAAUCUCGGAUGGCCAUUUAUAAAAGAUGGAGCUAUUAUUCUAACCCAUUCUUACUCAAGGGUGGUGGCUUCUGUAUUGAAACAAGCAGCAGAAAACAAGAAGCGAUUUACCGUCUAUGUCACGCAGUCCUGCCCUGACGAUGCCGGUUACGAAAUGGCGAAAAAACUCCGUCAGUAUUCUAUCCCAGUCAUAACAAUUCUAGAUGCUGCUGCGGGGUAUAUUCUCGAAAAAGUUGACGUAGUACUUGUUGGUGCCGAAGGUGUUGUAGAAAACGGUGGCAUUGUCAAUAAAAUCGGCAGCUACCAGCUUGGACUCUGUGCAAAAGCGUUAAACAAGCCAUUAUAUGUGUUUGCAGAAAGCUUUAAAUUUGCUCGUCUUUACCCUUUAAACCAACAUGAUUUACCGGAUCGUUUUAAAUACAAAACCUCAGUGUUAAACAACAAUAAUAUUAAUUUAAAAGAAGAACAUCCAAUUGUUGACUACACCCCUCCAUCGCUUAUCAGUUUGCUAAUAACAGAUCUUGGUGUCUUAACCCCUUCAGCAGUUAGUGAUGAACUUAUAAAACUUUACUUGUAAAAUAUUGACCUGCCAACAUAAUUAUGAUUUCAUUUUCAAUUAUUAAGUAGGGGGAAGAUGGGACACCUUUUCACUUUAGGUUCUUAACCCAUUCGGUAGUACACAAACAACCUUUAAAAGGUUAUAAAACCUUCUACUUACGACUCCCAUAGACCGUUGUUAAUUGUUUAAACACGUCAAGAUAUUUGGAUAUUAUGUGCUAAAGGUGUCCAGCCUUCCCCCACCCUACUAUAUAGGCCAUAAAUUUAAAUGUAGUUUGUUAAAAUAUUCAGUUGGGCAAAUUUUUUUUUUUCGUAUUGAGAUGGACUAAAGGUUUCAGCAUUGAACAAGUGGAUGAUUCAGAUUUAAAUCCUUUUCUGUCUGGAAAAAAAACAUUCUUUAAAAUGAUGAAUAAAGUUUUUGCACUGCUAAGUGUGCAUAUGAUUCAAUCAUGCCUUCUGUGCUGCUAUGUUUUCGGUUUACUUUUAAACUAUUUGUGCCUGUGUGUUGUAUAAUCUUGCAGUACUAAAUGUUGGAAAUUGGCGUGUGUUAUUCUAAAGUGUAAUUUAGCACUUAUUAUGAAAAAGUGUAUUAAAUGCCAUACAAUGUUUGAAUCUAAGCUUUGUUGAUGCAUUUAUCAAUAUAGUAAAAUUCCUGCUAUUUUAGUAUAGCUAUUUCAAAACAAGUUGGCUUAUGGACUUUGGUGAUGUUUUGUGUAUUUAUAAUAUAUGUGCGUACAGCGCAUAUGGUGUGACUUAUCAGAGUGAUUGUUUAGUUUGGUUUUAAUGUUGGAAGUUUACAGAAAUUAUUUUCUUGGAUAUUGCAG